AGAGCAGAGAUCGAAAGAGACCCAGAGUGAUAAAGCUUGAGAGGAGAAAUCAUAAAAGCGAGAGGGGGAGGAGAGAGAGGGAGGGAGCGAGCGAGAGCGAGAGAGCGAGAGAGGGAGGAACGGGACCGGGAGGAAAGAAAGAUAAAGAGAACGCAGGGAAGGGAAGUGAGUUUGUGCGCGCGAGUGAGUGUGCGUGUGUGCGUGUGUGUGUGUGUGUGUGUGUGUGUGUGUGUGCAGGGGCGGGCGCGGGCGGGCGGGGGGCGGGCUCCCGGGCUCCCCUCCUCCCAGCCCGCUCCUCUCGCUCCCUCGCCAACUCCGGGCCCCAGCCGCGGGCGGGCGCACGGCGGGCGGACAGCAUGCUGAGCCUCCUCGUCUGGAUCCUCACUCUCUCCGAUACUUUCUCCCAAGGGCGGGCGUGGACUGGGAGCCUGGAAGGGGUGGCCUCUUGCGAGAGGCCCUCUCCUCACUCAUCUCCUUACCCUGUGCCGGCUUUGGCUUUGCCAGGGACCCAGACCCGCUUCAGCCAGGAGCCAGCCGACCAGACCGUGGUGGCCGGACAGCGGGCCGUGCUCCCCUGCGUGCUGCUCAACUACUCGGGCAUCGUGCAAUGGACCAAGGACGGGCUGGCACUGGGCAUGGGCCAGGGCCUCAAAGCCUGGCCACGGUACCGGGUCGUGGGCUCUGCGGACGCCGGGCAGUACAACCUGGAGAUCACAGAUGCCGAGCUCUCAGACGACGCCUCCUAUGAGUGUCAGGCCACCGAGGCUGCCCUGCGCUCCCGGCGGGCGAAACUCACAGUGCUCAUCCCCCCGGAGGACACCAGGAUUGAUGGAGGUCCUGUGCUUCUGCUACAGGCAGGCACCCCCCACAACCUCACGUGCCGAGCCUUCAACGCCAAGCCUGCCGCCACCAUCAUCUGGUUCAGGGAUGGGACGCAGCAGGAAGGCGCUGUGGCCAGCACGGAGCUGCUGAAGGAUGGGAAGCGGGAGACUACCAUCAGCCAGCUGCUCAUUAACCCCACCGACCUGGACAUCGGGCGAGUCUUCACCUGUCGCAGUGUGAAUGAGGCCAUCCCCGGUGGCAAGGAGACUUCCAUCGAGCUUGAUGUGCACCACCCUCCUACAGUGACCCUGUCCAUUGAGCCACAGACAGUGCAGGAGGGCGAGCGUGUCGUCUUUACGUGCCAGGCCACAGCCAACCCUGAGAUCCUGGGCUACAGGUGGGCCAAGGGGGGCUUCUUGAUUGAAGAUGCCCACGAGAGUCGCUAUGAGACAAAUGUUGAUUAUUCCUUCUUUACGGAGCCUGUGUCCUGUGAGGUUCACAACAAAGUGGGCAGCACCAACGUCAGUACUCUAGUCAAUGUCCACUUUGCCCCCCGGAUCGUAGUUGACCCUAAACCCACGACCACAGACAUUGGCUCUGAUGUGACCCUCACCUGUGUCUGGGUUGGGAAUCCCCCCCUCACCCUCACCUGGACCAAAAAGGACUCAAACAUGGGGCCCAGGCCUCCUGGCUCCCCACCCGAGGCUGCUCUCUCUGCCCAGGUCCUGAGUAACAGCAACCAGCUGCUGUUGAAGUCGGUGACCCAGGCAGAUGCCGGCACCUACACCUGCCGGGCCAUCGUGCCUCGGAUCGGAGUGGCUGAGCGGGAGGUGCCACUUUAUGUAAAUGGGCCCCCCAUUAUCUCCAGCGAGGCGGUGCAGUACGCUGUUAGGGGUGAUGGAGGCAAGGUGGAGUGUUUCAUCGGGAGCACGCCACCCCCGGACCGCAUUGCAUGGGCAUGGAAAGAGAACUUCCUGGAGGUGGGGACCCUGGAACGCUAUACAGUCGAGAGGACCAACUCGGGCAGUGGGGUGCUGUCCACGCUCACCAUCAACAACGUCAUGGAGGCCGACUUUCAGACCCACUACAACUGCACUGCUUGGAACAGCUUCGGGCCGGGCACGGCCAUCAUCCAGCUAGAAGAGCGAGAGGUGUUGCCCGUGGGCAUCAUCGCCGGGGCCACCAUCGGCGCAGGCAUCCUGCUCACCUUCUUCUUCAUCGCCUUGGUGUUCUUCCUCUACCGGCGCCGCAAAGGCAGUCGCAAGGAUGUGACCCUGAGGAAGCUGGACAUCAAGGUGGAGACAGUGAACCGUGAGCCACUCACGAUGCAUUCUGACCGGGACGAUGAUACCGCCAGUGUCUCCACAGCGACCCGGGUCAUGAAGGCCAUCUACUCGUCCUUUAAGGAUGAUGUGGACCUGAAGCAGGACCUGCGCUGCGACACCAUCGACACCCGGGAGGAGUAUGAGAUGAAGGACCCCACCAAUGGCUACUACAACGUGCGUGCCCACGAAGACCGUCCGUCUUCCAGGGCAGUGCUCUAUACUGACUACCGUGCCCCCGGCCCUGCCCGCUUCGACGGCCGCCCCUCUUCCCGUCUCUCCCACUCCAGCGGCUACGCCCAGCUCAACACCUACAGCCGGGCCCCGGCCUCUGACUACGGCCCUGAACCCACACCCCCAGGCCCUGCUGCCCCAGCUGGUACCGACACAACCAGCCAGCUGUCCUACGAGAACUAUGAGAAGUUCAAUUCCCAUCCCUUCCCCGGGGCAGCAGGGUACCCCACCUACCGACUGGGCUACCCCCAGGCCCCGCCCUCUGGCCUGGAGCGGACCCCGUAUGAGGCGUAUGACCCCAUUGGCAAGUACGCCACUGCCACUCGGUUCUCCUACACCUCCCAGCACUCGGACUACGGCCAGCGGUUCCAGCAGCGCAUGCAGACUCAUGUGUAGGGGCCAGAGCCUGGCUGGGGCAUCUCUGCGGGGCAGAGGAGAAGGCUCUCACAGCUGUUCCCUGAUAUUCAGGGGCAUUGCUCGUUGCUCCCGUCCCGGACCAGCCUUCCUCCUCCCGCCGUGGCAGGUGGGGAGCAGGUCUCCCGGAAACACCCCGUCCCGAGGAUGGUGCUCCGUGCACGCCCCAGCCUCCUGGGCCUGCCCUUCCCUCUUCUUCGGGAGGACGUGUCUCUUCUGACCUGCGCUCUCGCCUGGCCCCAGUAUGGGGACAGGGAAAGUGAAGGUUGCGGAGAGCAGAGGGGGCACUUUUAGCAUUCCCUUUCUAUCCCACCCCUCUGGUCUCCCAUAAGUGGACGGGGUGGGGGUGCGGGGGGUGUCAGUGGGGAUGAGCAGGCUUUGGCCAGGGGACAUGAAGUGUGGGGGUGGGUGGCUCUGGCGCAGACAGGUGGAAACAAGAUAGCCUGGCCAGUCCCUCUGUCGUCUGCAUCCAUGCCCGGGGUGCAUCUCUUCCUCCUCGGCACUGCAGAAGGGACCUUGGAUUUAUCUUAGCUCUGUCUACAGAAUAGCCCUGGCACUGAGUUCAAAUCCAGCCCUUAUUCAGCUGGGAUUAAAAUGCCAGUCAUCCUGGCUGCCGGCUAUGGACACCUGUCUGUCAGCCUGCGGAGGGAUCCAUGGAUGCGCAGGAGCAUAACCCCCUUUCCGGCCCCUCUACGCUGGGCCAGCCAGAUAAGUCAGGGGAUCCUGGUGGAAAAAGGAAAGGUCAGGCACCAUAUCCUGAUUCACCAGCAAGACAACUGUGUGCUACAUAGCAGUUUCCAGAACCCACAUUAGAGGGAGCCCACCCAAGCCCCCUUCUCUCCCCAGUCUGUCCCACUUCCUGGCUUUAACUCUUGAGCCUGCCUGGGGAGUGGUGGGGUGAGGGUGGGGGGUGCUAUAAGCUAUUUUUCAAAGACAACAAAAAACAAUGAAAACCUCAUUUGGAAAAAACAAAAAAACCCCCAAAAAACCUGUAGAGAUCCCCUCACCCAAAUACAAGUCCCAGUGGAAAGGAAAGGGAGGCACCUGUUCUCCACCAGAUUGCUAACACCUUCCAUUACACUUUCCAUCCCCAAGCACUUUGAAUCCAUUUUUAAACAUUAAGGUAGGGAGACCUGUCACUGGAUGGGCUCUGAGAGGCUUGAGGAGGGGCCUGGCUCUCAGACUCUGCUGUCCUACCCCAGGGUCCACCAGCUGGUUAGAGAGGCCACCUUCCAGGGGGCAUGGGAGAUGUUCUCUUGAGACAGGUUUUGGUUUGUUACGUGUCUUUUUUUUCCCCUUGGACCAAUCAGAUUCCCUCUUCCACUUUCAGUGCCUUGAGUGUCCAGCUUUGGUCGACCGGCCCUGUGUGAGUGGCUGUGCAGACAGUGGGUAUUGUGAACCCCAGACACACUGUCAAGUGUUGAAGCGUUUAGGGAUAGACGGAUGAGGGGGCCUGGGGAGGAAGGGCUGACCAGGUAAGGUGGCACGGAAGGGCACUGCAGGCAGUCAUGGCCCAUGCUGCCCCCCCCCACACACACACACACAUAGACACGUGCACAUACCCACACACAUUCCACAGAGGCCAUUCUUAGGCACUACCUUCCGACCAAAGAACCGGCGCUCCAAAGAGAACUCGGACCCCAACCCUGGCGCCCCUUCCCAAGCAGCAGGGUCUGGAGUCGGCUGUUCCCCUCCUCCAGACUUGCUCCCCGACGGGCGGGGCCUCAGGUGCAAUUCCCAGAAUGCGCCUUGCCCUUUCUCAUGGUCAUCAUUCAUUAGUCAUGUUCGCUUUAAUGAGUUACAUGCCUAUCAGCCACGGGCCAUCACCACCCUUGCGGAUGGGUCUGCGGGGUGACAUUCCUUGCCAUUCCCUUGCUGGUAGGGAGCAGCUCCAGUUCCAGCCUCACAGGCUGCCUCUGUGUCCUGCUCCAUCUCAGCAGGGGCCCGUACCAUGGACUGGCCCUUCCUGAGGCAUGAUGCAGGCUUGCAGCUGCAGUCUGCCCCUGCACCUGGAAGCGGACACCUUCCUGCAGAGUCCUUCUAUGUGAGCUCAGUGAGAAGGUCUGUUAAGGAUGGAAGGUUGCUGUGCAAAUUCAUGCAUAUUUUGAUUAUUUUCACCGAAACCAGAAGCCAUGGGUAAUCUCAACAGUUAAAGUCUAAAGAUAAUGGCUCUUUAAACAGGGGUAUUCCCCAAAACAUUCAUUUUUGUUUAAGGUUUGGCCAGAUUCUGUUUCCUCCAUUUUUGUUUAAGUGCUGGGCCCAUUCUGUUGAAAUGAAGGAGAGGAGGGGGCCCAAGGUCACUAGGUAACAUUCAGUUGAUGCUGUAGGGACCAUUGGUUUCCUGGGGCCUGAUACAGAGCCACCUCACUGUUCUCUCUUCUUUAGCACAUUAACGGGCACCUCCUGAGUAUCAAGCAAGUGCCGUGCACGGCACAGACAGCAACCAAGGCCGUCUCUGCCCUCUGCAACUUGCACUCUGGUCUGAUCAGAAUCUGAACUGGGACCUGCUUGUUAGGCCAAAUGGAAGAGCUUUUCUGGGGGAGUGGAAGGCGCCCUUGAAUGUAGAACUUUGUUGUCUAAGGCUGACAUCCUCCAGCAGGGUGCCUCGGUACUAGAUGUGGUCACCUUGGUGAUCCUGACCGCCUUUGACAUUCUUGUUUUGGUGAGAAGAGCAAGGGGCUAGGGGUUAGGAGACCUGGGACCCAGUUCUGAAGCUGCCAUUUACUGAAUGACUUUGGCCUAAUCUCUGUACAUUCACUGCCCCCAAUUCUCUCACCUGUGAAAUAGGGGGAAGAGUUGCACAAACAUGGAAUUAUUCUGCUCUUACUGUAUUCAUUUGGUGAGGUGGAGGGGCCUGGCCAUCCCUGGCAAGGAGUUGGGAAUGGCGAGCGAGCAGGCUGAGGGAUGGGGAAGUUGAAGGUUCUGUUCCCCCCUUGAAAGCAGCUUUCACCAUGGGCUUCAUUAUCUUGUCAGAAGUCUUGUGAACGAAUUUCCACUAGGAACCCCUUGAUCCCAGACAGCAACAAAAACCACAUCCUAAACCUCAGAGUGAAAUUGGCGUGGAAGUAUCCUUUGGCCAUUGGGUAGCUGUGCUGCUCCUUACUCAGAAUUCAGAGUUUUGCAAGGUGGCUAUGGCUCGGGCAGGGCAUGGUGAGUUUCCUUCGCUGUGUACCCAGGUUUCAGGCAACUUAUGUGGGGAGAAAGGGGAGCAGCCACCCUCCACCCUGCUCCUCAGGAGCAUUCCCCUGGUCCAGGGACAGCGGGCCCCACUCACCGAGCACGGUGAAGCUGCUGUUGAUGGUGUCUUGAGCCAGAGAGUGAGGUGUGAGCACAGCUGACCCUCUGUCCAAGGAGCAGGUGGGAAGGGCAGCUGGUGGAGGAAAUAGCGGGACAGCAGUUUUGACCUAAAUUCUGGAUCUUAUAGAGGUCCUCGUGAUUCCGGGUGUCCCAUGGUCUCUUUCCUUGUGGAGGGUCCAGCCUGCAUCCUAAAUCCUGGACCCCUCAAAGUCCAGCCACAGAGUAUACAUGAAGCAAAAACCACAAUAAGGCAGAAAGGAAAGUGGCCAGGAAUGGGAGCAACACUAUGUUCUCACAAAUGUCUUGCUUGGGAUGAAAAAGUUUAAUUUGACCGCCCUGUCUCCAGGCACCGUGCCCUCUCAUCCCUGCAGUGGCUGCAUUCUUCGUAAUUUUGGAGGCAGCCUUCCCUGCGUCAGAGGAUGGAGCACACUGCACUAGAGUCUCCUCUGCCUUUGUGCCCUCUCAUUAAACAGUCGGCGCUCUGUCGGGAGCCACAAGGCCUGGGCUCCUUAAAAUGGAAUCAUAGGGUCUCUCAGUAUACUUGACCCAUGUCCAUAGCAAUGUUGGGCCAUUUGGGUUUGAAGAAAAACACAUGAAAGCCAAGACCCCAACUGGACUGAACUGGCUCAGUCACUGCCUCACUCUGGUGUGAGGACGGUUCUGUCCCCACUCCUGCACUCCCACACUCCCAAGGCCACCUGGGCCUCAGAAACCCUGGCUUCUCUACCAUUUUAGUGCUGUGUGUCCUGAGCCAGGUCACCGCUCUGUGCCUCUACAGGCCCUUCUGCAUGUUGAGGGAAUCACCUGAAAGGCAUUAGUAAAGUUCAUGACCCUGGUGGGACCAGUGAGGAUGUGAUAAUAGAACAUUGAAGUGCACAGACCGUGGGAUGUAAUUGGAAAGGCAUUUAUUUUUGUGAAGAGGCUAUAAAAUUAGCAUUUAAAUAUCCACAUUCCCUUCUCUGCCUCCCCAUAUGCCCCCCAUGAUAUCUCUCCUCUCCUGGAGGCCAGGCUCUUUCUGAAAGGCAUUGGCUUCACCUUGAUCAGCUUGGCCCUGACAUUCCACCUCUGGGCUGGUGGAGAGGAUGGAAAGAUGUGUGGCUUGGGAGAUGGAGAGACGGGGCUGGAAUCUCAUUUUUCUUGCAUCACUGUGAGGGAGCUCCAGGCCCUGUCCCUGGAGAAAUAAUUGCUGCGCAGAAGUCAUAGGCCAUACUGGGCGGUUCUGGUACAAGCCUGCCCUUAAAAAUAAUAAUAAUAACUCCAUUUGCAUAGACCUAUCACUCAUUCCUACCAGUCUCCUUUGCCCACUCCUGGCUUUUUUGCUGGCCCCAAUCACUGGCCUUUUCAAGAGCUGGUGGGCCGUGGGCUCUUCUGUUUGCUUCUGGAGGUCUUCGGAUGCUGACCCUGGGAACAUCCCUAACUCUGGGGAGAGAGCAGCUAGGUUGCCAAUAUAAUCAAACUCUCGACACAAUCUUGUUAGCAAUAGAGACCCGGAAGAUUUGGCUGCCUCCAAUUUCACCAGAAAGAGGCCCAGGGCUCCUGUGGUCAUAUUUUCUACCCAACUCUUCUUGGGAUUACAACCACCACUUCUGGCUCCAGUUGACUUUUCUCCACCCAAACCCCAAUAAUAAAUGGAUCCAUGAUGAUAAGAGAAGAGAAAAAAAUAAUAUUUUUGUUAGGACAAACCAUCGUAGAUUUUUAGCAAUGUGUAUCUGUGUGUCCCUCACACCUUUUCCUAUUCUACCUUUUUUUCCUUUUUUUUAAAUAUUAUGUACUAUAUUUUUAGUCUCAAACACACUAUAUAUUAUAUAUAUUUAA